AUGCAAUUUUAUACAUGGGAUUUGCAUAAUAGAGAAAAGGCCUUCAAAUAUUUUGACGAGAUCCAAAAAUACGGAUUACUACCAUCUGAACACACCUAUAAAUUGUUGAUUGACGCUUAUGUUACAAUUGAACCGUUUGAUACGAAGUCUGCAUUAGAUGUCUUUGAACAAAUGAGAGUGAAUGGAUCAGCACCACAAGCAACUCAUUACGCGUCAUUGAUUUAUGGAUAUGGGUGUUGUCAAGGCGAUAUAGAAAAUGCACUUAACGUCUUCAACACUAUGGAGUCUCUGUAUAAUGUUAGACCUGAUGAGAAUGCUUAUCAAGCAUUGUUUGAUGCUUUGAUAGCUAAUAAUAGAAUGGAAGAGGCAGAAGAAUAUUAUGAAUUAAUGUUAAACCAAGAAGAUGUCGAGUCAACACCAUAUAUUGAAAAUUUAUUUAUUAGAGGGUAUGGCCAACUGGGUCAAUGGGAAAGAGCGGAAACA